CAAUUAACCUUGCACUGCCAACUGGUUCUGAAGCUCAGCAGUACCUUUGUGGACCCUGUGAAGGUGGAGCGCAUGGAAAGAGGCUACCUGAGGUGGGAUCAGGAGGGUCAUCCAGAACUGGAGUAUGAAAAGAUCAUAGCCUGCACCAACAAAGCUGUCUGCAUCUCCAAAGCAAAGAAGGUCCACAUAGCAGACAGCUGCCUGAAUUCUGGGAUCCACACCUUUGAUUUCCACUUCAGCUUUCCUCUAGAGGUUCCCUCCACUUCACCAGCAAAGUUUGCUGCAUCUCCUAUUUCGUGUAGAGGAUUUGCUGCAGCCAUGCCUCCAUUUGUGGUGGAAGCUAGAAAUGAUGUCAAUUACCUCUGCUGCUUCACCCACAGCUCUGUGAUCCUUCAGAUUUCUCUGGAGAAAAACGUAUUUUUCCCUAGUGAAAACAUCGUCUUCACAGCAGAUAUUGCCAACAGGACAUGCAAUUACAUUAUAAGGCAAAAGUGGAGAUCAAUAUACCUUGGAAGAUCAAAUGAAGUGACAAGGUUUGGAGUGCCGGCCAGGCACAGCCCCUUUGAUACCAUGAGAGUCACUAGUGCACUGGUUCUGCCAAAAUCAUUGCCUGUCACCAGUGCCCUGAGUGGAAAUAACAUUAUGGCAUUCAAGUAUGAGCUGGUAGGAACCUCUGACCUUCCCUGUGCCAUGUCCACCAUCUUCGGCAGGGUGCCUAUCAUCAUACCAGCCAUACCAGAGCAUUUGUGGAGCAGAGAACCAUGACUCUGCAUGAAAAUCAAAGUUAGCCUCUACUUUGGAGGCUACCCAUCUGGG